CUGCCACCCUGGACAGUCUCAUACCUGCCUCUUAUACCUCACAUCUCUGUGUGCCUCUGCUCUGUAGCUACAUAUCUCUCUUUCUCUGUCUCUCUUUGUAAUAGUCUACAGUCACCUCUACUACCUGCGGUCUCACUAUGAGUGGUAAUCUAUGGACGGAGGAGCAGUUCAACUGUCCUGUGUGCCUGGACCUCCCCAAUGAGCCAGUCACCAUCCCGUGUGGCCACAGCUACUGCAUGGGCUGCAUCAAGGACUACUGGAGCAAGGACGACCCUCGCUCCCCCGGAGUCUACAGCUGCCCCCAGUGCCGCCAGAUCUUCUGUCCCAAGCCCUCCUUAUCCAGGAACACCAUGCUGGCAGAGGCCGUGGAGCAGCUCCGCAAGGGGGCCCUCACCACCUCCGCCAGGGAGUCCAUCCGGAGCGCCCACCGUGCCAACACCAUGGGUAGAGCCAAGGGAGGUCCCUGUGGUGGUGCUGCCAGCCAGCUGCCAGCCAUGGCCGUGCCCUGUGACACGUGCCACGGCGCUGGCGACCAGCGGGCUGCGGUGAAGUCUUGCCUGGUGUGUAUGGCGUCCUACUGCGAGGCCCACCUGAAACCGCAUCAGACGAAAGCGGCGUUGAAAAAGCAUGAGCUGAUCGCACCCACGGCCAAGCUGGCGCAGAAGAUCUGUACCGAGCACAAGUACCUGCAGGAGUUCUACUGUCGCCAGUGCCAGAUGUUUGUGUGCUGGCUGUGCACCAGUAACCAGCACAAGGACCAUGAGACCACCUCCACCAAGGCAGAGCGCAUGGAGAGACAGAAAGAGCUGGCUGAGGUGCAGACAGAGAAUCAUCAGAGACUGAAAGAAAGAGAAGGAGAGCUGAAAGAGAUGAAGAAGAUGCUGGAGGCAACGAAGCGCUCAGCAGACAGGGUACAUGGUGACACAGAGAUGGUGCUGUCGGAGCUCCAGCGCUCGGUGGAGAGGCUCCAGGAGCUGGUGGAGGGUGUGAUGAACCAGGCUGGGCAGGAGAAAGUAAGCGAGGCCCAGGACGUGGUGGACAAGCUGGAGGCCGAGAUCUCUGAGCUGAAGAGGAGAGACAAGGACAUGAAGGAGGUGUUCCGCUGUGAAGACAACAUCCACUUCCUAGAGACCUGUGAGUCUCUGUGCAGCCCGUUUGAGUGUAAUGAUCUGCCGUGUGUGGUGGCCAAUCCAGAGGCUACGUUUGAGCCUGUACGUGAAGCCAUCCUGAACCUACGGGAGAGGGUGGAGGACAUGUGCAACGUGGAACUGGGCAAGAUCACCAAGACAGUGAAUGAUACAACACUGUUCACCUUAGGAGACAAAGUGUUUUCUGGUCUGGGAUCCAAAACAACAACAACAAACAGCCGUCCUGCAGCUCCCACACCGACUGUCUCCGUGGCGGUUCGAGGUCCUAACUCACGUGGUGUAGGCCUGCUCUCUCAGGAUGUUAGGAGUAGAGAUGAACCACGAGCUGACAGAGACCGGCCGAGGAGAGAGGAGAGAGAACCAGCCAGAGAGGCAGCCCCCAGACCAAGCGGCAGAUCUAAUCCCACUCCGAGCCGGAGACAACCAGCCAGAAAUAGCCCUACCCAAAGUCGAAGAGAGACGCGCAGACGCAGCCCCAGCCCCAGCCCCACUCCAAGUCGUAGAGAGCCAGCCAGAACCAGCCCUACUCCAAGUCGUAGAGAGCCAGCCAGAACCAGCCCUACUCCAAGUCGUAGAGAGCCAGCCAGAACCAGCCCUACUCCCAGCCGGAGAGAGCCAGCCAGAACCAGCCCUACUCCCAGCCGGAGAGAGACACCCAGACCAGAACCCACCCCCAGCCCUACCCCCCGUGCUGUUACCCAAGCCACCCCAGCCUCAGGAGCUUUCAGCCGGAUGGGCUCCAUAGCAAGUCUCUUCCGCUCCCAUCGACGUGCCACACCGGCAGCAGGACCAGUCAACAACAACACUGGUGGAGUUAACCCAUGGGAGAUGGGUGCUCUGACUGAAUCCCAACCAGAAGUGAAUACCAGCCUCUUCCUGGAUCCGCCGACCCCUGACCCCAUCAUGAAUCAGAUGCCAGCUUUCCCUGCAUUGAGGGAGAUAGACAUCUCCAGCAUCCAGGCCCCAGAGCCCAGGAGCAGAGAGGAGUUCCUGCAGUAUGCCUGUACCCUGACCCUAGACAUGAGGACAGCCCACCGGCGUCUGAGCCUGUCGGAGGGUAACACCAAGGCCACCCUACAGGGGGCAGGGCAGCCCUACCCAGACUGCCCCCAACGCUUCGACGGCUGGACCCAGGUGCUGUGCCAGGCCCCCCUGUCCGCCCAGCGCUGUUACUGGGAGGUGGAUUGGCGGGGGAAGGGGUCAUCCAUGGGCGUAGCUUAUGGAGCCCUGAGCAGGAAGGGGGCGGAUGCCAGGGUGGGGCUUGGCUACAACGCCCAAUCAUGGAGCCUGGAGCUGUCGGAUACGUGUUGCACGGCAAUGCAUGCCAAUGAGAAGAGGGAUAUCCCGGUGACGUACUCGCCGCGUCUGGGGUUGUUCCUGGACCUCACCGCAGGCACCCUGGCGUUCUAUAGCGUGGCAGAGAGCAUGGCGCACCUGCACACGUUCCGUGCUAACUUUACACAGCCGCUGUACGCGGCCUUCGGAGUGGGUAGUGGAGUUGGUGUUGGGUUGGACUUUGGUCUGGGUCAGUUCAGCCAGACAUCCGACAGCAUCAAGAUCUGCCCCAUGUGAUGAGACCGACAACCUCUGUAUAGAUCCCCAUCUGUUAUCGCCGCUUUAUAGGAAAUCAUUUAACUUUAAUUGUUUGUUUCCUAAACAUUUACAAAAUAGCCCAAGUGCUGCACUUCUGACAAAUAGUGUGUAUGUGUGUGUGUGUGUGCGUGCGUGCGUGCGUGCGUGCGUGCGUGCGUGCGUGUACACUAGU